AAGUGGGCAGACUUUUCGAAUAUUUAGCGGGACUUGGUUUAUUUGUAAAUAGAAUACGGGCUUAAAAUUGAAAAAAAUGGACAAGAGAAAUGGAAAGAAUUACUUAAAAAGGAAUGGAAAAACACAAUUAAAGAUAGAAACGAGCUUGGAAGAAAAGCAAGAUGGAGAGAAAUCCAGUUUUUUGUUUAAUUUGAUCUCUUUUAGGGAAGAAAAUGUCAUUGAUAGGAGCUGCAGAAUUUUAUCUUUUUCAAACAACAACAGUCUAGAAGUAUCUUUUUCAAAAGGAAGAAAAACAUCAGAAGACAGUGCUCAUCUUUUCCAAUCACCCUUUUGUCCUGACAGUUGUUUUAGUUAUGGAAACAAAGAAAACUGUAAACCCAUUUCAAAAAAUGUUAAAUUUAAAAACAAAAAUGGCAAAAAAAAUAAGAAUAUUACCAUUAAAAAUAUUCAGGAGACUGGAAGUAAGAAAAAUUCAAAAAAUAAUGCAAAAUUGAAUAAAAAUAAUAAUAGCAUUGUCAACAAUUAUGUGGAAAAGUGCACGAUUGACUGGAGUGAAAUUGAAAAUUUUGAUCUUAUUGUUGAAAAGAACAUUAAAGAAGUAGAGAAAAUCAAAUUAGAUUUAAGUGACAGAGAAAGUAAAUUGGAAAAGGGAAAUAAGGUGAAAAUGAAUGAAAGUAUAAGCUCAAAAAUGGAUAAAAGUUUAUUCCAAUCUUGGGAGAACAGAAAUAUAAGUAAUGUUGAAGUGACCAAAAAUGAUCAUUGCAUUCAAAUUAUAAGUACACAAGAUAAUACUAAAGAUAAAUUAAGUUUCAGGUCAGACUCUGAAUUAAAUUUUUCAUCUUUAAGAGAAAUUUUGAGCCCCACUCUUGGUUUGGGUAAAGUGAAACCUAAAUAUGGUUUGACAACCAGCACACCAAACGUGACACCUGUGAAAUUUGGCCACAAAACAUCAAAUAAUUAUGACAAUUUAAUAGAUAACUCUCUGGUGAAAUCACCAAUUCAGAAUUUUGAAUGUUCAGCACUAGAAAGCACCAAGGCAAAGCUGGAAUAUUUAAUCAGCAAAGCCCAAAUUCAUGAUGAUAUUCUAAUGUAUAAAGGGGAGAAAUUGAGCAAUUCAAUUUACAAAACUCAAGCUAUUAAAGGUGCUCAUGAUAAAAACUUUUCUGUCGCUUUAGAAAAUUUAAACAUAUGUGAAACAGAACCAGGUUUAUCUAAUAGGAAAGAUGUAUUUAUGAGAUAUUCACACAAAAUAUCAAAAAAUAAAGCAAUUGGAUCCAUGUCCUUAGCUACUGAUUAUUCAAAAGUACUGUUUAAUUCUCUUUCACUGCGUGAAUCAAAUGUAAAUAAAUCAGAAGAAAAAGAUAGCAAUAAAAUUCCUUCAGACGAAGAUAUCUCUUAUACUUGUAGAAAAAGCUCUCUGAAAUGUACAAGAGUCCCUGUACCUAAAGUAUCCACAAAUGGAAAUUUUUCAAAGUUUGUUCAGUAUUCACGAUUGUCACACCAGAAAUAUUAUGUGGACAACUUGUCUUUAUUACAGAAAUCGUAUAAUAUUGAUGGCAGUUUUGAAGAAGUCAAAGAAUCCUCCACAUGCUAUUUUAAAUCUUACUGUGAAUUUGUGUCACUCAUGCAUAACUUAUCUAAUUUUGUAGAUCAUGAAACAAAAACUGUUUCUAAGUUUUCAAAAGGUUCAAGCAAAGAUGAUACGAAUCUAUCAAUCAGGGAAGAUGUUUUGGAAAAUAAUCCGAGCGUUAUCAUUUUAACAUUGUGCAAUCAAGUGGCACCUCUGAAGUUUCUGGAAGUUAUAACUCCAGAGAAAUUGCAGCAUGUGGAGAAAAUAGGAGAGGGAUUGUAUGGGGAAGUUUUCUGUUGUAAUUCAGAAGAAAAAAUCGUCUAUAAAAUUGUUCCUAUAGAAGGCGUCAUUGUAAUCAAUGGUGAACACCAGAAAUCAUUUCAAGAAAUAAUGCCCGAAAUGCUUAUUUCUCUAGAACUUAGUAUAUUAUUACAGUCUUCUAGUAAUGUAUCUCCAAAUUUUAUUCAAGUCAACAGGAUCUCCUGUGUUUUUGGUAUGUAUCCUGAGAAGUUGCUUCAGUGUUGGGACAAAUAUGCAGAGAAUAGAGGCACAGAAAAUGACAGACCUGAUUGCUUACCAUCAGAUCAACUUUUCAUAAUAUUUGAAUUUGCAUAUGGUGGAAUAGAUUUGGAAUCAGUAAAGGUUUUAGGCCCUUUACUGCUCAGAGAGCACAAAAAUGCCAAAGGAUGUUAUAUAAUAAGGGUGUCUGUGUUGGUUAGUAGAAGGGAUCCCAAGAUGAAGGCUCAUAAGAAAUGACUUGUCCCUUGUGAGGGCUUGUAAUAUUAUGUGUAUAUGUUAUGUUUUAAUUUUUAUUUUGCAUGUUACUUUUGUAUGUUUAUGCUUUUAUACUUACCAUUGUCAUUUAUUAAACGAGGAAAGUUUGCAGUUUGUAUUGUUUAAUCAAUCAGACCAAUGUUUUGGGUAACUCAAAGCCACAGAUGAAAAGAAAGCAGCAGUGAACAAUUAAUUGAUAAUAAAGUCCAGCAUAUUUUAAAUAGAGAUGUUGAAGGGAAAAAUACAACACCCUGCAGGGAUAAAAUAGUAUUCCUUCCGGGAGGACUUGAGGGGCAGCUGGUCCUCAUUCAGAAGACAAGGUGGAGGAAACAGGAUAAAGUCUAUUUGACCAGCCAGGGUAUAGACCAAAUACCAGUUGAGAAACCCAACUGAUUACAGAGUUGUCAAUAAUGAGACAGAGCAACAAAUAUUAAUGGGCUGCUGGAGAUUAUUACCAGAUGAAGAAGUAGAUAUAAUAGAAAGAGCAGUUUCUAGAAGAUAAGUGACUUCACCACACAGUCUCCAAACAGUUGUGUGGUGGAUGUUGUACUUAACCUGGAAUUGUAGUCAGUGCCUAGCAGAGGGCUGCAGGAAGGAACCCUACAGGGCUAGGCAGAGAGGAAGAAGGACAACAGGAUAGACUAUAGCAGCAGUGGAUAGGUACAGCGGCCUGCUAAUGCCACACCAAAAAAGAUGCCCACGGGUGGAAAAGGCCACAGGAGGCAGAAAGGAAAAGCCCACUGCCGACUGCUGAAGGCCAACCUGGAGCAGAACCGCCGCUGCCGAUCAACCGAGCGAUACCCAUACUGGGAUUAAGGCCACUAUCCAAAGAACAAAAAGGCCAUGCACAGUAGCCAAGAACCUCCACACCUAACGCCCGUCCAGAAAGGAGGAGAAAUACUUGGUUAUCCGCUUACACAAGUUAAAGGGGCGGAAGGCAACAGAAAGAAGGCACCUUGUAGACAGGGAAAUUUAGGAAAGCUAGUCUGAUAAAAGAAGUUCUAUUUAUGAAUAUAGGGAAGCAAUACAUUACUAUAGUUCUUAACAGUUAGAAAAUAAGUGAGAAGAUAUAGGGUGAGCCCGUCAUCCACCAAGUGGCACUGCUCCUGAGGCUCAGGCAAGUAUAAGAGGUGCCCAGAAUGGGUAAGGGAAUAAUAGACUUGCACUAGAGUGAAGCAACAAGUGUAGUUGACAAGCAAACAUCCACCGAAGUGGCUGCGGGUAUACCAAGCAUGCUGAGAACAGGGAGAAGAUUGCCGCAUCCUGCACCGGGAGACGAUAACGGCAAACACAAGAUACACUAGCUCACAGCCAGACAUCAGAAGAAGACAAAGCCUCUCCACGAAGGAGAGGCAGGUGACGACAGCAAAGUAAA